UAACAAGUGUCCGCGCUAAAAUUAUUUAAAAAAGUGAAAAGCAAUCUGAAAUGGGUUCCUCGACUCAUCGCCUGUUCCUCUCAUCAUUAGUCACGAUGGUUCUAUGGCGAAGGAGUUAUCGUUAUUUCGUGAUCUUGUUUUUCUGCUGCUACAUCUUCACCAAUCUCGUCCGGCAGUAUGGCGUCAAAGAAGUUCAAGUUUAGAUUGAAAGUGAUAACCUUCUUGGUGCACAUCAGCCUGAGAAUGUCUUGCCAGUUUUGAAAACGAUUCUCUACUGGAACAGCUUCUUCGGCAAAAAAGAUUUCGCUUUCGGAUUCGGACAGCAGCCGUUUGUCAAUGCCAAAUGUCCAACGGCGACCUGUUACGUGACCGACGACCGGGCCUUAUUCAAUCGCAGUGAUGUCGUCAUCUUCUCCAUCCAAGGAAUGAACCUGACAGAUUUACCGACUUAUCGAUUUCCGCACCAGCGAUUCGUCUUCUAUGAAAUGGAAUCUCCAGCCACCACCGAUUACAGGCCGCUGCUGCACAAUCAAACCCGUUUCGGUUUCUUUAAUUGGACCAUGACGUAUCGGCUGGAUUCGGACAUUGUUAACCGUGAUCCUUACGGCAUUGUGUUGCCGACUCAAAAUAGUACCUCUUAUCCGAAACUUCGCCGGGGUAACGCGGCAGCAGCAUUACAUCACGACCUGAAGAAUAAGGAUGAGCUUGUCAACAUUUCCAGCAAAAAGAAACUGGUGGCCUGGUUUGUGUCGCAUUGCGUGACUUCAAAUCGUCGCGAGGAUUACGUCAAAGAACUGAGCAAAUACAUCCCGGUGGACAUUUACGGCAAGUGCGGCAAUUUGACUUGCUCGAACCGAAAUAAUUGCAAGGAAAUGAUCCGCAGAGAUUACAAAUUCUACAUCGCUUUCGAGAACUCGCUGUGCACAGAUUACGUCACGGAGAAGCUGGCCAUCGGUCUCAUUUAUGACGCAGUACCCAUUGUUAUGGGCAGUGUCGACUACACCAAAUUUGCGCCGCCUCAUUCGUUUAUUGACGUCAACGACUUUCCUUCUCCGAAACAACUUGCCCGCUACCUUCUACUGCUGAGCGAAACAGAUGCGCUGUACAUGCGCUAUUUUGACUGGAAGCGGGACUUUACUGUCCACUUGAACCUUAAGCUGAGCUGGUGUCGCCUUUGCCAACUGGCUCACGAGAGCCAAGUUUCAUCAACGACUUACAAAGACAUUCUUGAGUGGUGGGUGAGCAAUAACCCUGCCAACUGUAGCAAUUUACCCAAAAACCGAAAUCUAUUAUCCUUUCUCCAAGUACACGAUGUACCGGUAUAG